AUGACAGUAAAAUUUUCUUAUAUAUGGUUUGAUUCUUGGCAACCAGAAGGGUAUCUCUUUGAUCGAUAUGGCUAUCGAGCUGUGUAUGAUGCUGGAAGAGCUAUUGGUUCUAAGCUCUCGUCCAUUAUUAGAAAUGGUGAAUGGUAUUGGCCAAGUGCUCGAUCGGACAAUCUAGUAGAUAUUCAAAGCCGUUUUCCGGAGGUUGCUAUUGGUGUAGAAGACAUUCAUGUUUGGAAAGCCAGCAAAGAAGUAUACUCCUGUGCAGAAACUUGGAAUAAACUUAGGGUGAAACUUCCGGAUGUGAAUUGGCAAAAAGUGGUGUGGUUUCCCCAAGCUAUUCCUAGACAUGUCCUUAUACUCUGGUUGGCUCUAAGGGAUGCUUUAGUUACAAAGGAGAAGAUGUGUUCUUGGGGCUUUUCUGGUUCUAGUGCAUGCAUAUUUGGUUAUGGCUGCCAAGAAAACAGGGGACAUCUAUUCUUUGCUUGUAGUUUUAGUCUAUGGGUAUGGCCGGCAGUAGUGUCUAUUUGUCUCAUUCCGAAUCUUCCAGUAGACUGGGAAGAGGUGAUAUGGUGGUUUAUUAAAGAUUUGCAAGGUACAAGUUUGAAAGCUAAUGCAUGCAGAUUAAGCCUUGCUGCAGUUGUGUACCAUCUAUGGUGGCAGAAAAAUGCCCUUCUGCAUGGCAACACGCCUAAAACGGAAGAAGAUAUAGUGAGCCAAAUCAAAUGGCAAGUUGGUUCUAGGCUCCUGGCUAAGGGUUCAAAGCAGUGUACUGGAAAGAACCUUGCACUUGCUUAUAGCUGGAAUCUGCAGGGUCUUAUUCAUUAUUAG